CACAGAACACGUUGAUAUUAUGAUGUCUUAGGGUCACACUUCCUAAAAAAAACAGAAAAAGAAUCAUUUUUCUUGAACCUUACCAACAAAAUACUCCUGGAUUCAGAAACUGACAGAGGAGAAAAAGAGAGAGGGAAAGAGAGAGAGAGAAUGAAUCUGUCCCAACCAUCUACAUCACAAGGCCCAGAGAAAAGACGCUUGUCUUCCCAAGUUCUCUUAUGGACUGUUGCUGGGGUCUCCAUGCUACUGCUCAGCGCCUGUUUUAUCACCAGAUGUGUUGUGACAUAUCGUGUCCUUCAACUCUGCAAUGAGAAUAAGUUCCAGCUACAUGAGGCAUUCAUGGACUUCUCCUGCUCCAGUGAUGGAUUGGGUUCAGUCAAGAAUUGCUGUCCAUCGAAUUGGGUACAUUUUCAAUCUAGCUGCUACUUCUUUUCUACUAACACCAUGUCCUGGGCAUCGAGUUUAAAAAACUGCUCCAACAUGGGUGCUCAUCUUGUUGUUAUCAACACGCGGGAGGAACAGGAAUUCCUUUUCUUUGCGAAACCUAAAAGGAGAGAGUUCUAUAUUGGACUGACAGACCAGGUGAACGAGGGUCAGUGGCAAUGGGUAGAUGGAACACCUUUCUCAGAAUCUCUCAGCUUCUGGGAUGUCGGGGAGCCCAAUAAUUUAGUGACAGUGGAGGACUGUGCCACCAUCCGAGACUCUUCAAAUCCCAGGAAAAAUUGGAAUGAUGUGCCCUGUUUCUUCAGUAUUUUUUGGAUUUGUGAAAUGCCAGAAAUAAAUGUCUAAAGCAACAGAAAAAUUCUCUAAGAGCAGAAAGCACAACUUAAAUGCAUAAAUAUGGAGGCACAAGAGCAUGAACAUAGCUCCAACCAAAGAGAAGUGUGUGCGGCACUUAAUGAGGACUCCUUAGGGACAUUGGGAGGACUUCGUUGCUUUUGCUACCAAUAAAAAUGAGUCAUUUUGAAUGUUAUAAUUUGUGACGCUAAUUGACAUGCAUGUUUCUCCAAAUUAGUCUCAGGACUUCUCAAAAUUUACCAAGCAAUUCUAGAACAAAUGUCAGGAAAAGUAUGCUCCUUUGGGCACAUUUGCUUCAUUUGUGAAGACUGAUGGGAAAAUAUGGGACAUUGAGCAAGUACAGAGCCCAGCAAGAAGAGGAUUUUCAAAGUGACUCUGAAGCCCCUGAAUUCAGGCUCUGGUCAAUUUUUCUUUCUGGCUCCUGAUAAGUCUAUAUUCUCUUCUCAACUGCAUACCAUUUUUACCUCUGCCCAAGCAAGUAGCUUCACUAUGUUCUCCGUACAAUGAGUAAGAAACUCCCUCAAGUCAUGAAGCUUAUCCCUGCUUCAAAGACAUGUGGACUUCCCAGGUAAUGGCCUUGACUAUGCCUCGCUAGGAAAAGGCCAUGCUGAGCUUCGGCUCCAAACAGACUAUGAUUCAGAAAAGAACUCCCUUUUCUCUUUCUUCUCUUCCACCGAAUAACUGAAUCUCACCUCAGUUUGUGGCUCUUGCUCAUCUAGGGUCCAACGUCAAAUUGUUUGAAGAGAACAUUCAGCUUGACAAUCUCCUAUCUCAAGCCUAUCCACUACUAGCAUAUUUUUUUCAGUACUGAGAAGGUUAUUCAAGAAUAUUUAAAUAACACAGUACCUUUAAUAACCAUGUUUCUUGCACACAGCACCAUAAAAAGACCCUCAAAAUUCAUAAUGAAUGUGUAAUCAUGAAAUGGGAAAAUUCAACUAUGUAAGUGAAUAUAAUAUAUUAUCUUUCCUUAAAAAUGUUUAUUCUUCUUAGGUAUAAGGGACCACAUGUGGUUUUUGAAACCAAUAUGCCUUUAAAUCUAAAGUCAUUUGACCUAAAAGUAAUCCAGUACAUAUACUUUCUAGUUUCCUUUUUUCAAAUUAUAAACAUCAAUGAGAGACAUAUGGAAAUACUUUUAUUCACCAUUGUUUCUUUGUGGUUGGCUAUAAUUUGUUAUUUUAAAUUUUAUUUCAGGGGCACCUGGGUGGCUUAGUGGGUUAGGCCUCUGUCUUUGGCUCGGGUCAUGAUCUCAGGGUCCUGGGAUCGAGCCCCGCAUUAGGCUCUCUGCUCAGCGGGGUGCUGGCUUCCCCCUCUCCCUUUGCCUGCCUCUCUGCCUACUUGUGAUCUCUUUCUCUCUGUCAAAUAAAUAAAUAUAUAAAAUCUUUAAACUUUAUUUCAAUAUUGAAAGAUACAUGAAAGUAUUAGUAUACUUUAUUCACCAUAUAUUUAUAAUUUGUUAUGCAAUUAACUUUGUCUUCAAAGUUUGGCAAGAAAAGAAACAAUCAUUCAGGGUUUACUGAUUAAAGAUCAACAGAAACCAAGUUAUUUAUAUUGAAAAUUCUGAGGGGUACAUCAUCUGGUUGAUUCUAUUUUAAAAUAUAUUUUUACAAUAGGGCCUACAAAAAUAUUCAGGCACCAUAAAAGCCAGAAAUUUCCAAAAAAUAAGAGAGUAAGCAAUCAUCUGUAGUCCCAAGACCAUAUUCCCAAAGUAAAUCACUGUUAAGAUGUAAAUAUUGCCAUGUGGGCCUCUAAAUAUUUUAAAGAAAAAUCAUUCUAAUACAUUUGGUGAAAAUAAUACACACUCAUUAUCAAAAAUUUUUACUCAUGUUAUCAUGAAUAUGUAAAUGUUAUCACAGCUGAAUCUUGUACUGUAUCAUGAUUAUGUAUUAUAUUACAUACUUUCUUAAAUACAUUUUGCUUUUUGUAUAGCUAA